AUGAGACGGUUUUCUAGUGCCAUUAGAGCGUGUAAACAGUAUAUACCUAACAUGUCAUUAGAAUACACUUCCGAGAGAGCAAAGGAAUUAAUUUCUAGAGCAGAUGCUAUCAGAGAAGAUGUGACUCGUCUAAGUGGCGGUCGUGCCGAACUUAUCUGUGUUUCAAAGCUAAAGCCUGCUAGUGACAUCAAGGCAUUGUAUGAUCAUGGCUAUCGUCAUUUUGGUGAGAAUUAUGUGCAAGAGUUGAUUGAAAAAGUGAAGGUGUUACCUAGUGACAUUAAGUGGCACUUCAUUGGAGGAUUACAAACCAACAAGAACAAGGAUCUAGCUAAAAACAUUCCUAACUUGUAUGUUGUCGAGACCAUUGAUACUAUUAAGAAGGCAAAGAAAUUGAACGACACCAGAAAACACAUGAUUGACGCGGAGACCCCAGGAUUUGGUAUCGUCAAUGUAUACGUUCAAGUUAACACAUCGGGCGAAGAACAAAAGAGUGGUUGUGAGCCAUCAGAGCUUGAUGAGUUAGUGAGAACCAUCAUAGAUGAGUGUCCACAGCUUAAAUUUGCAGGGCUAAUGACCAUCGGUAGCUAUGGAAUGAGCCAUGGUGAAGGAGAGAACCCUGAAUUUAAGCUCUUGGGUGACUGUAAGCAACAUUUGGAGGAGAAGUUUGGAUUGAAAGAUUUACAAAUGAGUAUGGGCAUGAGUAGUGAUUACGAGCAAGCGCUUCGACAGGGUAGCACUGCAGUGAGGGUUGGUAGUGACAUCUUUGGUCCCAGACCACCUAAUAACGGGCACUAG